GAGUCCUACGUCCGCUCGUCACGCCGUCGUCACGGGCGCCAUCCUCUCCGCUGCGGCCGGCGAGGCCUACGACGGCGUGGACCGCAUCAGCGCCCUCACCGACGACAUCCUACGCAUCAUCGUCUCCCGCCUCCCCAUCAAGGACGCCGUGAGCACCACCGUGCUGUCGAAGCGCUGGGUACGCCUCUGGAGCUCUGUGCCACUCGUAUUUUAUGAUGAGCAGCUCUCCACCUCCCCCGAAUCCACCCGAGUCGCCGCCGUGGACUGCAUCCUGUCCAGGCACCCGGGCCCGUUUCUCGCAGUACACAUCUCAUCCAUCGAAUUCAGCCAGCGCCACCUCAACGAGUGGCCGCCUCUCCUCGUCGACAAGUGCGUUGUGGACCUCGUCUUCGUCGGCUUGAGGAGGAGUUUCUCCCUAACCCUCCCUGCGAGCAUCUUGUCCUGCACCAAUCUCCGGAGUUUGUACCUAGGAUCAUUGGACCUCCCGUCUGAGGCCCCAGCGGCGUUGGCACCUUCCCUCAUCUGGAGGAACUCGUCAUCCUCAAUUGUGCCAUUAAUCAGGACAUCCUGAAUUACAUCCUUGAUUCCUCCCCCAUGCUGAAGGUGUUUAGUCUUGUUUUGAUCCAUGAACUUCCUCUGACUGUGCGCCUCCGCGGUCAGAACCUCCAAUGCGUCAACCUUUGCUGCUUCAUGGGCAGUGAAAUCAGUGUGAGUGCUGUGCCCUGCCUUGAGAGGAUCCUGGCUUGGAUGGCGUUGCCUCCACUUAACAGCGGAGGAAUUCUGAAGGUCGCAAUUGAUGCUGCGCCAAAGGUUCUUGGGUACAUGGAUGCAGGAGCUCACCUGCUCCAGAUUGGGGAAAUCAUUGUCAAGAAAGGAACAGAUGUCAGGCCCAGCACCAAGGUCUGGAGCGUGAGGAUCUUGGCUGUGAAGGUCAACUUUGGUGUGCUUGCUCAGCUCAAGGUCAUGACCUGUUGGCUCAGAUGCUUUCCCAAUGUUGAGAUCCUGCACAUUGAGUCUGCUACACUGAAUCUGCCAUCUGAUGAGCAACAUACCGAGUUCUAUGAAGAGCUAGAUCUCAUUGGAUGCGUGCAGUCACAAAUCAAGAAGGUGGUUCUGCAUGACAUCCGUUGCAGUCAAAGUGAGCUCUCAUUCCUCCAGUAUAUACUGAAGACUGCAAAUCGCCUUGAUAGCGUCACCCAUGUGCAAGCUGAGAAUUCAGGAGGUGCGAUGGAUACUCAACUGAAUGAUUUAGCUGUUCUUCCCUGGGGGUGUCAAGCUUGCUCUAUUUCGCUUUUGGCCCCUAGACAAUUCUAUGGCUGGAACUUCCGCAGGGCAUCUGAUAUUUCUAUUGAGGACCCUUUUGAUUUAGUGCAUGGAAAGCAGGUGUCGCAUUUCAGCAAGGAUUUUAAGUAGUCUGAUGGUUUAGGAUUAAUAACAUUGCCUACGAAGUUAAACAUUUGUCAGAUGUAGCUUGAUGCUAUGGAAGGACUUGGAUAACUGGAUGUUUGGAUGCAAUUCAUACUUAUGUUUGUUGACA